AUGGCUGAAGAAAAUACAGAUGUAAACUUGUAUUUUACUUCCAGUACUCCAGAAGACAAUUCAGAUCUGAAUUUUGUUUGUCCAACAUUUUUGGAAAAGCUAUAUCAGCAUCCAUCUCAAAGAGAUAUGAAAGUGCUUUUGUUUAUUUCUUUGCUUAUGAUACCAUGAUUAGCUUCAAUUUUAAUCAUUCUAUUUAUGGAAAACGAUGAUAAAAGUAUAAAAGUUAGACUUUGGCUUGAAGUUUUUGCUGUCAGCUCAAUUAUAUAUCUAAUUUUAUAUAUUGCGAUCAUGAUUUUUUUAUCAAAAAUAUCUAAUAAGCCGAUGAAUUUACUAACCUUAAUAUAGAAAUAAAAAAUUUUUUAAAAUAUAUCAAUUAAAAUUAAAUCAUAAGUAGAGGAAAUCCCUAUAUAAAGGAGUAAAUGGAUCGUUUUUGGCUCUAUCAUUUUGCUGGAACGUAAUAGGGACAGUGUGGAUCUGUUUGGAUAAUGAAUGCAUAACAAUAUUUAACCUUAGCUGUAGAGUUGCCUCAGGAAUCAUUUUGAUAUUUCACAUUGCUUACUUAUUCAUAAUCAUAUAUGGCUUCAAACUAAUGACUUCACAAUCGAAUUAA